UCCCUAAUUCCUCUUUUCUUUUCCACACAAGCGUAACAGAGAAAUUCUCAGAGGAAGAAGAUGGCUUCGAAUGCAGCAGUUCCGUUUUGGAGGGCAGCAGGGAUGACCUACAUAACGUACUCCAACAUUUGCGCAAAUCUUGUCAGGAACUGCCUCAAAGAACCUUACAAAAGCGAAGCUCUCAAUCGCGAGAAGGUUCACUUCUCUGUAUCGAAAUGGGCAGACGGCAAACCUCAAAAACCAAGUAUAUCUUCCUUCUACUGCUUCUUUAUCAUAUCUGUGUGUGUAGAUCUGGGAGCUGUCUUGAUGAUAUAGGUUUCGUUUGGUUCUUUGAUUUAUUUCAAUUGGAAUCUUCAGUUCUUUUUUUUUU